CGAGCUCGCGUUCGAUUGCUAUGGCUUAUCAGGGUGGAUGUGGAAUCCUGGAUGCUUCAGGGGUGGAGCCGGUGGGUCAGAGCGCAGGCGAGAGUUCCUCCCGAACGGCAAACUCUGGUGGAGAGAUGGCGGAGAAAGAAGAAGAGCAGCUUGUUGGAGACAGACACCCUGCAGGCACUUAUCCACUACGGUGUCGUAUAUCAAAGCUAAUUAACUGGAAAAGACCAUUAUGGACUUCCGCUUUAUUCGGAACAACAAAUAUUGUCUUUUGGUUUGUGUCUCUCAGUCCCAGUCGAGUAUUCAGCCUCGUCUCCAUGUGUCUGGCUGUUUUAUUAGUGACACAGCUGGUGAGAGAUGUGGCUCUUUCCAGAUCAAGAGGAGCUGCUUUAUGGAGGAGAAUGACAAGCAGUUGGGAGGUCAUUGACUCUGGAUCUGGAUCAGUAUCUCCAUUCACAGACUUCUGGACUAGCUUCACGCUGUUCAUUGAAGAGACUUCCUCUUUUAAGCAGCAGAAUCCAGGCAAGUUCUGUCUGCUGGUAUGCAGUAUGUGUUCCUUUUUGGCAAUACUUGGACGCUACAUUCCAGGGGUUGUUAUUUCAUACAUAUUUGUGCUAGGUAUUUUUCUUUGGCCUUUGGUGUCGUCACAUGAGUUUGGGAUGUGGUUGGAGCCAGUUCUGCAGAAACUGGACUUUGGAGUGGGCGAGUUUCUUCAGAGAAUCAAGGAGAAUCGUGAGAAGAGAAUACUCCAGUCACAAGCCGAGAGAGAGAACAUUGAAUCAGAUCUGUCUGCACUUUUCCCCAAGCUGGACUCCACUGUGUGCAAAGAGCUGUCUAUAUCAGACACAGAGGUCUCGGAAGUGACGUGGACAGACAAUGGCACCUUUAACCUUUCAGAGGGAAACACACCUCAGACAGAGAACUCUGAGGACUCAGACCGGCGAAGUGAUGAGGAAGUCUUCGCAGGUGGACUACCAGAGUUUCCCUCCCUGGACAAUGGCCUGGGGACAAAUGGUGAGGAUGAUGAGGAUCUGAGCAUCGGAUUGCCCACCCCUCUGGCCCAUACCAGCAGGAUUAAGGCCAAACAGUCAGAAGAGGUCCAGGCCUUGGGAGUUGUGGAGAGGCUGGCUGGAGAUGUGAUCAUGGCAGCAGUCACAGCGGCCAUGCAGGAACGCCUGGAGGCCACAGUAGCACCGGUGCUGGUCCAGGCACUGGCUGAGGAGUCAGAAAGCGAGGCAGAGGACUUUGAGCUGUUGGACCAAUCAGAGCUGGAACAGCUGGAGGGGGAGCUGGGGCUGGACAAGGCGAGCCGUGCAGAUCCCUCAAAACCCAGCAAACCUUCAGGCUUUCUUUCCAAACUACUGGGGCGCCACUAAUUGUAUUCAGAGGGCUUCUGCUUCCCUCUGUGAUGGGACGUGGGUGGUAGGAUAAAUGUUGGGUUUACAGGGAUAGGUCCAGAUUAAUGAAGGUAUUCCAUUGUUUUACUUAGCUGGUGUGAUUCAGUUAUUUUUCUAUAAAACUGAAGUCAUCUGUGAACGGAGGCUAAUUGUGUAUUACGGGGGGAGGGUGGAAUAGUGGCUGAUAUUGGCAUAAACUACAUCUGAGUGGGUCAUUGGAAGACGGGUGGGAAAAAUUCCUAAUUUAAGAGUGAAUUAAUUCAAUGAAUGAAUUGAAAUUUGCAUUGAAUUAGUCACACCCAACAAGAAGGUUGAUUUUGAAUUGUAUUUGAUUUUGUAAAGUGUUCUUACACCAUGGCCCAUAAUUUAAUAAAAUGUAUUAAAGGGAUAGUUCACCCAAAAAUGAUCAUUCUCUCAUGAUUUUCUCACCUUUAUGCCAUCUCAAACUCGUAUGACUUUACGUUUUCUGUGGAACACAAAUUAAUAUAUAUUUUAAUUGAUGUACAGUAUGAUGUCUUUAUAUCCAUGCAAUGCGUGUACAGCUCUCUGCACAUGCAUCAAAAGCAAGGAGGGGUAAUUGAGCUUCUCUCAUGAGCAUGCAAAGGAGACUCCUGAAGUCAUACGAGUUAAAGAUGACAUAAGGGUAAAUUAUGAGAGAAUUAUUGAAUACAUACACAUAUAUAUAUUUAUCUCUCUCUCUUAGUGUACACACUGGUGGCCAAAAGUUAAUAAUGUACAGAUUUGGCACUUAUGGAAAGAAAUUGUUACUUUAUUCACCAAAAUGGCAUUCAACUGAUCACAAUGUAUAUUCAGGACAUUAAUAACGUAAAAAUAUUACUAUUACAAUUUGAAAAUCUCUUUCAGAACUUCUUCAAACUACUUAAAUGAGUUUUGAGAGAAAAAAAAUCCUCCAUUUUCAGCAAUGACAGCUUUGCAGAUCCUUGGCAUUCCAGCUGUCAGUUUGUCCAAAAACUCAGGGGACAACAACAACAACAACAACAAGUGCAACAACAAAAAUUCAGGGGACAUUUCACCCCAUGCUUCCUGUAGAACUUGCCACAGAUGUGGCUGUCUUGUCAGGCACUUCUCAUGCACCUUCUCAUGCAUACAGUCUAGCUGAUCCCACAAAUUCUCAAAGGGGUUAAGAUCCAUAACACUCAUUUCCAAUUAUCUGUUGUGUUUCUUUCCCCACUCUAACAUUUUAUUUUUUUCAAAAUUGGCUUUUUCUUUGCAUUUCUUCCCAUAAGGCCGGUACCCCUGAGUCUUCUCUUUACUGUUGUACAUGAAACUGGUGUUGAACAGGUAAAAUUCAAUGACGCUGUCGGCUGAGGACAUGUGAGGUGUCUAUUUCUCAAACUAGAGUCUCUGAUGUACUUAUCCUCUUGUUUAGUUGUACAUCUGGCCUUCCACAUCUCUGUCUGUCCUUGUUAGUGACCGUUGUCCUUUAUCUUUGAGGACUGUAGUGUAAAUCUCUGUGUGAAAUCUUCAGUUUUUUGGCAAUGUCAAGCAGUGUAUAGCCUUCGUUCCUCAAAUCAAUGAUUGACUGCUGAGUUUCUAGAGAAAGCUGUUUCUUUUUUGCCAUAUUUGAUCUAAUAUUGAUCUUAAGACAUGUCAGUCUAUUGCAUACUGUGGCAGCUCAAAAACAAACACAAAGACAGUGUUAAGCUUCAUUUAAUGAACCAAAUAGUUCAACUGUUUGAUAUAAUGGCAAGUGAUUUUCUAGUACCAAAUGAGCAAUUUAGCAUGAUUACUCAGGGAUAAGGUGUUGGAGUGAUGGCUGCUGGAAAUGGGGCCUCUCUAGAUUUGAUCAAAUAUGACUUUUUUCAAAUAGUGAUGGUGCUGUUUUUAACAUCAGUAAUGUCCUGGCAACACUUUGUGAUCAACUGAAUGCUACUUUGGUGAAUUAAAGUACCAAUUUCCUUCCAAAACAACAAAACCUGUUCAUUAUUCCAAACUUUUGCCUGCCAGUGUAUAUAAAAAAACACAUUUGCAGCAGUAAAAUUAACUUAUUUGAAUUUCAUUCAAAUUGCAAUUCUGCAUUCAAAUUUCAGUUCAAAUUCAAUUCAAAUUCAGAAAUUUAAUUGGAGAUUAAAAGGCAUUCACAAUUCAGUUCUGAAUGGCACAGAACCUUGGAAGAAAUUAUUUUCACAAUGUUUCCCCUCAUUUUUACAUAGGAUACCAACCUGCCAUUCACCAGAUGGUUAUGGACCAGAGCAAUGUCAUUAGUUUAGCUGUUAGAGCUGGUAGAUGCUGGAUAAUCCAGAUUUUGCUGCCACAUGAUUUUCUCUAUUCAGCUUGAUCAUUUCUCCUUUAAAAAGCUUAAUGGCCAAAGAUGCAGGGCCUCCCACUAAAUGACAAUCAGCAGGACUUGGUACAUUAGUAGCAUUUAUUCAACAAACAGAGACACCAUAUUAAAUGUGUAGUGCACAUGUGGAGAAUAAUUGUUUUUAUUUUAAAUACAUUGUUUUCUAAGUUUUUUUUGUAAUUCUUCAUUACAGUGUAUUUUCAAAGCUGGUGGUCUUAGUGUAAACCUUUUGCUUGAAUAGUCAUGUUUUAGGCUGUUUGCACUAUCUUUUAGAGUGAUACAGCUUGGCACUGGAGCUCAUAGGCCCCAAAGUUGAACAGAUUCUAUUUCAAUUUGAUGUUAAUCAAAUAAUGCUAAAUGAACACAACUGACCCUAAAGGGAAAUUCUGCCAAUAUUUACUCACCAUCUUGAUGUUCGAAACCAGAAACACUUUAUUUCUUAUGUGAAUCAUAAGGAGAUGUUAGGCAAAAUGUUAGCGACUCACAAUCUCAGUCACCAUUUCAUGUUAUGGGAAAGAGUGGUGGCAACAUGUCAACAAUGUCUCCUCUUGUAAUUUACAGAAGAAAAUGUGUUUGAAAUGACAUGAAUGUGAUUAAAUAAUGACAGAAUUUUGGGGUAAACUAACCCUUCAAGAUUUUUGUUUUUUUCAGUCAAAUGUAAAACAGAAAACGUAUUUAAUCCUUUAAAAAAAUGUAGAGGGAAAACAAUGUUAUUCUUUUAGGCAGUCAUAUUAAUCAAAAUCUAUUUGAGUAAUAUUUUCUGCUAUCUGUGAGACAGACACCAGACUCAAAAAAAAUUCACCCAUUAUUCAUAAUCGCCUCUUUCAGUCGUGUAAGUACUAGGCACAAAUAACCAACACUGGUUCUGUUUACAGUGAGGUGCCUGGUGUGGAUCUAAAUUGAGUAUUUCUAAUAAACUUAUAUGUGUAACAGUGGACAUUAUGAAUUUUUGUUUUGAGAUGUUUGUAACACAGUGGCUUAAUAUGGAUAUCUGGAAUUUGAAAGUCUGUUUUUUGCAACUCAUAACAAUGAAUGCUUUCCAAAAAAUUAUUCUAAUCUGUGUUAGUUUGCAAAAUUUUUAUUUAAAAAUGUAUUUAAAAUUUUUAUUUAUUCCUAAUAUAUUUCAUAAAUCUGAUUGCUGCUAUGCACAUAUGAUUGCCUUAUAUGCCUGUGCUAGUUGUCUGUCAGAGCAGAAAAGAACAAGCAAAAUAAAAACUGUAUGAU